UCGCUGAAAGGUUGGGCGGACCUUUGGCCCUGACCUCUGCCAACCUGAGCGGAGCGCCCAGUGCGUUGGCUGUCAACGAAUUCCAGCAGCUUUGGUCUCAGCUGAGUGCUGUUUUCGACGGAGGAGUAAUUGGCAAGGGAGAAUUUGCGAGGAGAGGUUCUACGGUUGUGGAUCUGAGUGAGAAGGGAACCUAUCAAGUAGUGAGACCAGGAGUUGCUGAGACCGAAACAUUGGAGCUUUUGCACAAAUUCGGAACUUCCAGAAGAGAUGAAUAAUUCAAAAGAAAAUAUUUUGCUGCAGCUGUCCGAGUCGGUGAAGGAGGUGCAGCUGGAGGCGUCCCAAAAGGGGCCAGUCAUUUCCCACUGCGAAUCCUCUCAGUCCCUCUGCACCGCCCUGGAGGCAGUUUUCCUGCACGGACUGAGAGAAACCUUCUCCUCACGCUUCUUGUCAGCACCGAGUUCCUUCUGGCCAGCCGUCCUGUUUGUGUCCCACAAAAACUCGAUCACGGCUGUUGAAAAACUGAACCAAAUCCGGACGGACGUCGGAAGAUGCAGGGCCUGGCUGCGGCUUAGUCUCUCGGACGGCUCCCUCUCGGGCUACGUGGGAGUGAUGGACGCUGCCAGACCUUUAUACCAAAGAAACGCCCUCCUCAGAGACCCUGACGCCAGGGAUGUGGCCCACAGGUUGCUCCUGGGGCUCCAGCAUGUAAACUUUGAACUUCCUGCCAACUCCAGUUUGCUCAACACCUGGACCACAACAUCGUCGGACGUGGUUGCUCCUGCCCAGGACGUGGCUCAGGGUAUUGAGCACGAGGAGGACGUUGUGGAAGUCAGGGUCGAGCCCGAGAUGUCCAUUGGCAGAACUGCUCCCAUCGACGAGGACCGGGCUUUGAAAAUUCUGCUCAGUCAGCACCACCAGGAUGAUGAGGUAUUCCAUCAGGUGGCGUCUGAAGAGGAGUUGGAGGAGGAGCCUGAAAUGGCGAGGCCCAUCACCAUCUCGGGUCACUCGGGGUGGUCUUCGUCCGACUCUCCAGAACUGCCACGUCGAAGAGACACAAUCCAAAGUUACGACGCCAUGCUCGAAAGUCUGAACAUGCUGUCAGGGUCCUGCAUCAGGACGCCUGACGUUGAUGACUUUUUAAGGAGAUUUCCCAAAGAAGACAUGGAGCCCAAGGAGAAGGACGACUACGAAGCCAUACCCUCUGCUCCAGAAUUCAAGCAAAUGCUCAAGUGUCUUCCAAAGUUGGCCAGAGAGGCUGGCCUAGACGAGCAGGAUUUCAAAUGUUUAGGCUGCUGCGCCUCCAUCGGUCUUUCCUUUUUGAAAUACAGAGUGUGCUCGCUGACCGGUGGACUCUUUUGUGAGCAAUGCUUCAGUUCCGAUGACUGGCUCAUUCCUGCCAGGGUCCUCUACUGCUGGGACUUCAAAAAGCGGCCUGUCAGUUUGGAGGCUGCUGCUUUUUUGGCGGAAAUUUCCGACCACCCUUUGAUAGACGUAGCUGCCACAAAUUCGACCAUUUACGAAUGUUGUCCUGACAUGGCAUUGCUUCAGCAACUGAGAAUCCAACUUAUGUUUUUGAGAGGUUAUUUGUUCACCUGCCGAGAACCGAUCACUGCCGAGCUCAGGCGUCGAGCUCCGGAAUAUCUUCUAGAGCAUGUCCAUGUCUAUUCAAUAUCUGAUUUGCAACAAAUUCCUGGGGGAGUGCUGGCCGCUCGUCUCGAGGCAGUUGUGGAUUAUGCCAAAAAGCACGUCAUGUCCUGUUGGCUGUGCAACCAGAAGGGCUUCAUCUGCGAAGUGUGUUCCAAUCCGAAGCCCAUUUUCCCUUUUGACAACACAUACAAGUGCCCCGAAUGCAGCGCUGUUUUCCACGUUGGUUGUCUUGAUGCGAAGAGACCGUGUCCUAAGUGCGAGAGGAGGAGGCAAAGAGAUACGGACAGGGUGUGAGUGUGUCAAGCUACUUAAUUGUCCAAACUAAUGUGCUGAGGUGCAAAGAUUACGGGUGAGCCAGUACCAGUUGUGAAAGGGAAUUUUUUUAUAAACUUUCCUUCGGUCUGCAAUAUAUAUCACAAAGUUAUUUCACUGUUGUUAAAUAAGCUCUCGUUUUUUUGUAUCGAUAACCAUGCGUUUUAAUUAAUUCUGCUCAAUACACUCGUCUAUCAAUUUAUCUAUUGCAAAGGAAACGAAAAAGCAGCGCAAAAGGGUCUCAGACCUAUUGCUUAUAUUUAUAUAUAAUAAUAUUAUUGUACAGAAAGCAAAAAACAAACCACAUGCGCCGUUUUGAGCGUGAUUAAAUGUUAGUUUAUUGAGUUUGUUAAUUGUUGUGUGUAUUGCUGUUAUUUAUACCGAAAGUAAUUAGCGAGAUAAUUUAUAUUGUAUAUUAUCAUAAAUAUAGAAUAGAGUAGUUAAGAGGCUGAGUAGCUGGACGUUUGGUGUGCUAGACGCUGUACGGUUUGUUCGAGAACUGCAGGUAGCCCUUUGCGGGGGCGUCGGCCGCAGUCACUUGGCGCACUGAGCCGUGGAGUGUCUCCUGCAGACACAGCUGCUUGUAGAAGCUGACCACAGCAGUCCAAAGGUUUCGAUGGACUUACUCAGGUAGAUUGUGCCGAUUGCGAAGACCACUGUGAUGUGGUGGCCGCCGCCAACGGCCAGGCAAGUGACCAGGCCAGAGAAGACGAGGACCAUCUCGGCCAGGACCACGCAAGCCCACGGCAGCAGACAUUGUCUGUGCCUCUGAAAUAACUUUUUGUUCAAAAUCGUGGAUUUUAAUUUUGGAAAUUUUUACCAUUAGAGUGCCGUAGAGGAGGAGGAUGCAGGCGACCAGUUUUACGGCCGCCAGGGCCAUUGACGUGUACAUGCACGAAAUGAUCACUGUAAAUUAUUUUAAUUAUUUCUUAGAAAUAACACAAAUCAUGGCAACGCAGGUGCAAAUAUUAUAUUAUUUUCUUUUUUUUCAAUUGAAAAAAAUUUAUUAAAUUAUUGACCUGUGGCCAAGUUUUCGGCCUUGAGGAGUUGCUCCUCAUUGUGCGAGCGCGCGGGCCCAGCGAGUCCAUCGUUGGCCGGGGAGUAGAGGAGGGAGGUGGGGUCUUCGUGCAUGGCCGUCUCCUCCAUGUCGGCGGCCAGAAUGGCGGCCAUGUCCUGGGCGUGAGCCAUGCCCAGGGUCAGCAGGAACAGCACCACUGCCGACAGGAACUGCGCACAAAUACACGAAAUUCAUUAAGACAAUUUUGUAAUUUCGAAGGGUCUCGUUCAAAAACCGAAUCGAUUUUUGGAACGAGUUGAAUUUGUAAAGUUACCAGUUGGACGACGGCGAUGAUGAUGCAUCCUUGCCUGAGGCUGAAGACGAAGCAAAACCUGGCCACCCCGACCACGGCCAUGGCGUCCUGUGGUGAUGCAGAGCGAUCGAUCGGCGCCGGUGGCGCCUGUUGUGGCCGCUCUGGCGCCUCUGCACCACUCGCCCCUCUGGCGCAUGCCGCCCGCCCCCGUGUACAAAAAAAAAAAAAACACCCC